CCAGGUCAGGCUAGCAUGCCUAUUCAGACUACGAACGAGAGGUCGCCUGCGGCUCUCAACCUAGCAUCGUAUUUGUACCAGAACUCUAUUAUGAAACAGAGAACUGGACUUCUCAACAAUGAAAGAGAUAUCGAAUUCUUCAGAUACAAACGUUUGAGCAGAGCCUUGCUUUCUGAUGACUACAAGAGCAAGCAGCAGAACGUUAAAAACGGCUUGAUCCCCAUCAACAAUGAAACUGAUGUUCAGAGAGUGUUGGUUCUCUUGAUCCAAAAUCAGUUGAUCUUACCUGUGGAAAAGCUUCACUAUGCCGAAAUAAAGGCAAUCAAGGGCUGGAAACCAAACCGGACCAAGCCCACUUUAAAGCGAAUGGAUAAAGCUCACGUGGACCCAGAUGCAUAUUUUGCCUGGAUCUAUACCAAACCUAACCCUUACAUCUUGUUGUAUAGUAUCUUGGCUGUGGCUGGUAUCUUUGCUGUGAUUUUGUUUCCAUUGUGGCCCAGCUUCAUGAAGAGAGGUGUGUGGUACUUGUCGAUGGCUGCUUUGGGACUUAUUGGUCUUUUCUUUGCAACUGCAAUCGUUCGAUUGAUCAUAUACAUCAUAUCCUUGGUAGCAUUCCCCAAGCCGUUCUGGUUGUUCCCCAACUUGUUUGAAGACUGUGGAGUUCUUGAGAGUUUUCAACCUUUGUACGGGUGGGAGGAGCCAAAGAAGAAAAAGAGCAAGAAGAAGAAUGGUAAUGAACCUGUUGCUGAAGUCAAGGCUAAUGGUUCCGCCGCUAAUGGUUCCGUAGCUACUGGUGCUAAAGCUGGCGAAACAAGCACUCAGAAACGUAGAGUGACUCUCGAAGAAGUUGACGAGUAGGUGAAAUAGAACGGAGUCGAUAAAAUGUACAAUGCUAUAGAGGAGGUUAGUUUAGAAGACUACCGUAGAUAUAGAGAGUAUAAAUGAUAUGAGACAAUCACAUCUUCUCACUAUAUUGAUGGUGAGCAAGUGUAGAUUCGCUUCCAUUUUC